UUUCUUUCUGGUGGUAGUGGUGGUGGUGGGGGUUGCUGGCAGGGCUGAACCUCAACUUGCUGGACAGAGCUACAGACCCAUGGGCCCGGGCAGUGCCUGCUGAGAGAGGGAGAAGACAGCAGAGGGGUUGCCAAGGUACCCUCCAAACCCCAGAUCAUGUCUUUGUGGGAUCUGGUCUCCAAGACGCCCCCAGAAAAACUGCAACGGCUGUAUGUCGACUUUCCCCAACACCUGCGGCACCUCCUGGGUGACUGGCUGGAGAACCAGCCCUGGGAGUUCCUGAUCGGCUCUGAUGCUUUCUGUUGCAAAAUGGCCAGCGCCCUACUCUCAGCCACUGUCCAGCGCCUUCAGGCCUCGGCUGCAGAGCAGGGGGAGGAGAGCACCAUCAUGCAACACAUCAGCACCCUGGAGAGCAUAUACCAGAGGGAUCCCUUGAAGCUGGUGGCCACAUUUAGACAAAUACUUCAGGGGGAGAAAAAAGCUGUAAUGGAACAGUUCCACCAUCUGCCAAUGCCUUUCCACUGGAAGCAGGAAGAACUCAAGUUUAACACAGCUCUGCAGAAGCUGCAGCACCGACUGGGGGAGAUCCACCUUCUCCAAGAAGCCCGGCAGCAGGGGGCUGAGGCUGGCCAAGUGUCUCUGCACAGCUUGAUAGAAGCACCUGCCAAUGGGACCAGGCAACAGGAGGCCCUGCCCACGUUGCUGCAGGAGUCUGUGGGGGAGCUGGAGGUGGCCCAGGCCCUGGUACUGAAGAGGAUCCAGAUUUGGAAACGGCAGCAGCAGCUGGCCGGGAAUGGUGCACCCUUUGAAGAGAGCCUGGCUCCACUACAGGAGAGGUGUGAAAGCCUGGUGGACAUUUAUUCCCAGUUGCAGCAGGAAGUGGGGGCGGCUGGUGGGGAGCUUGAGCCUAAGAUCCGAGCUUUGCUGAUCAGCCGGCUGGAUGAAAUCCUGCGAACCCUUGUUACCAGCUCUUUCCUGGUGGAGAAGCAGCCCCCCCAGGUUCUGAAGACUCAGACCAAGUUCCAGGCUGGGGUCACAUUUCUGCUGGGCCUGAGGUUCCUGGGGGCCCCAGUCAAGCCCCCGCUGGUCAGGGCUGACAUGGUGACUGAGAAGCAGGCCAGGGAGCUGAUCAUGCCCCAGGGGCCCAGCACUGGAGUAGAGAGCAGUGGGGAGAUCAUCAACAACACAGUGUCCCUGGAGAACAGCAUCCCUGGGAACUGCUGCUCUGCCCUGUUCAAGAACCUGCUUUUGAAGAAAAUCAAGCGGUGUGAGCGCAAGGGCACGGAGUCCGUCACUGAGGAGAAAUGUGCUGUGCUUUUCUCCACCAGCUUCACACUCGGCCCCAACAAACUUCCCAUCCAGCUCCAGGCCCUAUCUCUGCCCCUGGUGGUCAUCGUCCAUGGCAACCAAGACAACAAUGCCAAAGCCACCAUCCUGUGGGACAAUGCCUUCUCUGAGAUGGAGCGUGUGCCCUUUGUGGUGGCUGAGCGGGUGCCCUGGGAGAAGAUGUGUGAAACUCUGAACCUCAAGUUCAUGGCUGAGGUGGGGACCAACCGGGGACUACUCCCAGAGCACUUCCUCUUCUUGGCCCAGAAGAUCUUCAAUGACAACAGCCUCAGUAUGGAGGCCUUCCAGCACCGUUCUGUGUCCUGGUCACAGUUCAACAAGGAGAUCCUGCUGGGUCGUGGCUUCACCUUUUGGCAGUGGUUCGACGGUGUCCUAGACCUCACCAAACGCUGUCUCCGGAGCUACUGGUCAGACAGGCUGAUCAUUGGCUUCAUCAGCAAACAGUACGUCACUAGCCUUCUUCUCAAUGAGCCUGAUGGGACUUUCCUCCUCCGCUUCAGUGACUCAGAGAUCGGGGGCAUCACCAUUGCCCAUGUCAUCCGGGGCCAGGAUGGCUCCCCACAGAUAGAGAACAUCCAGCCUUUCUCAGCCAAAGACCUGUCCAUCCGCUCACUGGGCGACCGAAUCCGGGACCUUGCUCAACUCAAAAACCUCUACCCCAAGAAACCCAAGGAUGAGGCUUUCCGGAGCCACUACAAACCUGAACAGAUGGGCAAAGAUGGCAGGGGUUAUGUCCCAGCGACCAUAAAGAUGACUGUGGAAAGGGACCAGCCACUCCCCACCCCAGAGCCCCAGAUGCCCGCCAUGGUGUCCACCUAUGAUCUUGGGAUGGCCCCUGAUUCCUCCAUGAACAUGCAGCUUGGCUCGGAUAUAGUGCCCCCGGUAUACCCACCACAUUCUCACUCUAUCCCGUCAUAUCAAGCCCUUUCCCCAGAAUUGGUCAAUGUGUUGCCAGCCUUCCAGGAGCCUCACCUGCAGAUGCCGCCCAGCCUGGGUCAGAUGAGCCUAUCCUUUGACCAACCUCACCCUCAGGGUUUGCUGCCGUGCCAGCCUCGGGAGCAUGCUGUGCCCACCCCUGAGCCCCUGCUCUGCUCAGAUGUGGCCAUGGCGGAAGAGAGCUGCCUGAGCCAGCAGGUGGGAGGGUUCCCUCAGGGAACUUGGGUCGGUGAAGACAUGUUCCCUCCCCUGCUGCCUCCCACUGAACAGGACCUCACCAAGCUGCUCCUAGAGGGACAAGGGGAGUCAGGGGGAACACCUUUGGGAGCCCAACCUCUCCUGCAGCCUUCCCCCUACGGGCAGUCUGGAAUCUCACUGUCCCAUCUGGACCUAAGGACCAACCCCAGUUGGUGAUCCAGCUGGAGAGGGAGCCCAGAGAGACAGCUCUUGUACUCCCAUGGACCUGCUCCGGACACCUGCCCAUGCUCCUGCCAAGUGGCAGAUGGGGAGGGUGCCCUCCUACCCCCACCUAGUCCCUGGUCAGGAAGAAAAGACUUUACCAGAAGAAUGUACUGUGUUGGGCUGAUCCACUCCUUCCCUCCCACUCCUACACAUAUGUACCCCUGGCCCACCCCUUCUAGAACAGGAAGGGAAGUUCAGGCUUCAAAGUGAGACAUGCACCAACACACCUGCAGGCGGCUGCACAUGCAGUGCACACAUACAGCUCUCCGUGGAAGCUGGGAUUGAGCCGG